AUGUCAGAGGAAAGGAUUAUUUUAAAUAUUGGAGGAAUUAAGUAUGAAACUCUUCGGUCAACGCUCACUGCUCAGCCAGAGACAUUACUUGGAACAAUGUUUCGAGAUCAAAGUGAAUAUAUUAAAAAUUUGGUUAAUGGAAAUGAAUAUUUUUUUAAUCGUAAUGGCAAAGCAUUUUACUACAUAAUGGAAUUUUAUCGAACUGGAAAGUUUUUAUGGUCCACUGAAAUCAAAGAUUCACAAGUUACUUAUCAACAGCUUAAAGAGGAACUUGAUUAUUUUCAAAUUAAUCAAUCAAAUGUAUUUUUUUCAUUGGCAUCAGAAACUGCUGCGAAUACAAUUGAUCGAUUCAUUACAAGCCUUGAACAAUUAAUCAUUAGUCAUUACAUAUACAAUUUUGACAAAGAAUUUCAAUUAUCAGUUUAUAGUAAUAAUAACAAUAAGGAUAAUCGUCUUAGAGAAUUUAGAGGAUGUGCUUUUGAUAUCAUGAGUAAUAUGGAAAACCAGAUUGAAAAGCAUUUAGUUGGAACUUUUGCCGAUUUAAAAUUAAAAUGGAACUGUCAACUGAGAAAUUAUAUUUCAGCUUAUUUUAGUUAUAAAGUCUUUGAGAUCGUUGUUACUUUUUCUUCUCCAGUUGAAAAGCUGUUAAAAUCUGAGAAUUCUCAAGCCCAAACGAUAUAUAUUCAAGACCCGAUCAACAAGUCAGAAAAGAUUGUUUUAAAUAUUGGAGGAGAAAAGGUAAUGUAUAAAAUAUAA